AGAAUGAAUGUUGUCUAAUAGCGAUUGACGCUUUGUAAUAGUCUCGUGUUAACGCCGACAAUUGGCUCAUGCCGUGGAUGUGGCUCGUAAAAUAGGCGACUGCACUCAACCGAGAGGAACACGUGUAAACGAGCAGGUCACUUUAGAGCUGCGCGUUUUAAAUGAUUGUGGGGCUUUCGACUACAGGGCCGUCUUUUCUGGGCAGAAAAUUUCGUCGUUACCGCACACAAGAAAUGCCAGUAAAAGCCAUCCUGAACAGUUACCUCACCUUUUUUUUUUUUGAAUUAACGUUCUAAAGUCCCCGAAGUUGUGUGCCUAAAAUGAUUUGUGUGUUUCACGUACGCCCGCGUAUAUGUGUGCAUGGGCACGCGCGCGCUAUUCAGAGUAUAAAAGCUGUUCACAGCUGUCACGUAAUAAAAGAGUUUAGUACGCCCUCCUGCCUUCUCUUUGUUCUUACAUCUUUUCUCAUUUAUGUUCGCUUAUACUGAGUUGCAGUGAUGUGAACGCAGCGUUAUGGCAAUACCAACUUGUCCAAACAGCCAAGCAGCCGCGUGGAAAACGAACCAUGUUGUUAGAGCGCCACACUGUAUCAUCGCGUGCCCUAUCAUGAACUAGAUUCUACUUCGAGGGCCUGCAUAAUUUCGAAACCAGUCAAGUACCACUAUGUGUAAAAAAAAAAAACUGAGCUUCUGUCAUGUAUAGCACAAUAUGGUGGGUCGGAUGACGCAAAUGUAACGGCGACGACAUGUCUGCAUAUGGAGCUACGCGCAGCGGCUAACUCCCGGAGAAGCCUUCAUCAUUUUGAAAUAAGAAUUUCGUGUAGCUAUCUCCUGCCGCCAGAUCCUUGGCCUAUGCCCCAUAGUGGGUGCGAGCCAUGACAGAGGUCCAUCAUCACCAUAAUCAUCACAAGCCAUACAGCUCCGAGGCGGGCGACUGCUCGCAGUGUCCUUCGGUGUGGAUGGCAUAUCCUCGAGAUGCCAGCAUCACCAUGGGUGGGCCCCACGGAGGCAGCAGUGAAGCCCUCUCGGCGAUUCCCGUGGCUGCUAGUCCGUUGCAGUCGCCACCGGCCAUGCGGGGUGACAUGCUCGACCGCAGGCGUGUUACGGCUGACGCAAUGCGAAGGCGCCAAGCUGGUGAGCGAGAAUACGUACGUCAGAUCGACAGUGCUUCGCUCGAAGGGAACGAGUCCGCUGUGGAGGGCUUCUGGUGUGACGACUCGCGUGAGGUAGUCUUGCUUCGACGAACCAUGAUGAAGUUGGAUCAAGAGAUAGGCGAAUUCAAUGAGCUGUUAUCGCUGACAUGCCUGAAAGUGCGCGCGCUGAGGGCUGUAGUCCGCUGCAUGUCUGUUGAGGUCAAGUGUAGCCGAAUUGAAGCUGCCAUAAGUAUUUCUCGUGCCCGGCGCAUUAUUGACGACGACUAUGGCCUGCCGCGUCAACCGCAAAGGCGCAACCACCAGCCAGCGGAUCGCGCUAAGAAUCCCACGGAGUUCGCUGUUGACGGCCCAGUGUACGCUGCCUCGACGACCAACAUGGCCACCAGUACUCGGCCAGCACGUCAUGAAGGCUCAUCCGUCACGAUGACAGAAGGCAGUGUGACUGGAGGGGAAAGUUGCAGCGGUGCCAAGCCUGCCGGCUCAGCUCUGCGCGGCCCGAGGCGCCUCGUUCCUGCCAUGACUGGGAGCGCUCGCUCCGCUGCAACGCGCGGAACUACGCCUUCGGGAAGGUGCACCUUCAUGCUCUCGACAAUGGACCUCUCGCCAGAGACGAAGCUGACAGGCAGUGAGCACGAAGAAAAAGAGACAGCCCGCUUUCUCACCGACGUGGUGAUGCGCCAUGGCAGCGGGAACCACGCUUCCCAUGGCAUCAGCUCGAACAAGGACACUGCCUGAUCGGUCAGCAAUCACUGUCAUAUGCUUGCUCAAAUAAAACCCAAGCGUAGAAACAUCUGGAAA